AUGGAAUCUAAAUACGAGAUGGCUCAGUCUGAGAAUGAUGACCCAGUUUUAUGGAAGCAACCGAGCUCUGUUCCCAAAUGCUUGUCGUCACAUCUGGAGAUCUUUAAAUGGAUAGGUAAGAACAAGAAUAUCAAACCCAAUGUCCGCCUCCGGUUUCCUUGGAUACUUUGGCACUUGUGGAAAGCCCGUAACGCCAUGACUUUCGAGCAAACCUGCCUUGACGUAACUACCAUUUCGUCAAAAGCGAUGGAUGAUGCUCACACUUGGCUGUCGACGAAUGACAACACUAUUGUUCCGCCUCCAAUCACGGAAAUUUGGGCAGGGCAGUUCAAGAGGAUCCGAUGGCUAAAACCUGAGGCUAAUUCGGUUAAAUGCAACAUCAGUGUCUCUUGGGACCCUACUACUGGUAAUGCAGGCACUUCAUGGCUGGUCCGUGAUCACUCAGGUCUGGUUAUUUGUCAUGACCGUAGAUCUUAUGCGUAUGUCUUCUCGGCCCUUGAGGUGGAGCUAUUAGGGUUUCUUUCAACGAAGCCAUUCUCACGUAGACACGAGAAAGUAACAAGGGAUCUAGGGUUUAAAACCUUAAUCAUGCCGGAAGCCGAACCUUCUCCAAAACCUGAAGAUGAAGACAGAAUCAGUGAAUUGUCCGAUGAUAUACUCAUUCAUAUACUAUUGCUUGUUCCGACAAAAGAUGCAGUGACCACCACGUUUCUGUCUAAACGAUGGAGAUUUGUCUGGAGAAAGUUGCCUAGACUUGACUACAGAGAAACGAGAAACAUGAAGAGUGUUUGGUGGUUUCUGGACGAAUCAAUGCGAUUUCACGAUGCACCUUUAAUAGAAAAACUGUCUAUUAGGCUCGGUCCAGAAUGUCCCACUGAUGUUGAUGUUGUAAGAUGGGUUGCAAAAGCAGUUGAUCGCUGCGUCCUGCGUGAGCUUAAGUUCAAGCUCCUCUGGAAAACCGAGCCGGUCAGAAUGCCUAGUAGCCUUUACACUUGCGAGACGCUUACGAAACUGAUUCUUGCCGACAAGGUUCUCGUGGAUGUUCCUUGUCCGGUUUAUCUCCCAUCACUUCACCAGCUUGAGCUUCUCGAGAUUGUGUAUAAAGACGAAGAUUCUCAUGUCAGGCUUUUAUCAGGUUGCCCGGUUCUCAAGCGUCUGAAGGUGAGUCGACAGGAUUCUGUGGAUGAUAAUGUGAGAAAGUUCACUGUGAAAGUGCCUUCUUUACUGGAAUUAACGUAUAUGAAUACGUACUUUGGAGAAGACGAUGAUGAUGAUCGGUCGUUGGUUAUAGACACCCCAUGUUUAAUAGAUAUAGACAUCUUUGACACUUUGGGACACUCGUGCUCAAUUGAGUAUAUGCCUCGUCUUAUAAGGGCAUCCGUUAGUGUUAAGUUAAAGCUUGUUGACAAGUUUCUGAAAUGUCUAUCUUCGAUCGAGUAUCUUAAGCUAGAUCCUGUAGGUUCUACAAUGGCUCCAUGGUGUAACGUUGUUUAUACUCUACUUAUAGAGUGUCGCAUAUAUCCAUAUAUCAGCUGGAGUGGAUCAUCACUUGGGGUUUUGCUCUCUAAUUGUCCUAAACUAAAAGUUCUUUUGGUGGAAUCUGUAUCUGAUAAACCUAAGUCUGAGAAUCAUGAUCCAGUUUUAUGGAAGCAACCGAACUCUGUUCCCAAAUGCUUGUCGUCUCAUCUGGAAAUCUUUGAAUGGAUAGGGUAUGCAGGAAGAAAAUAUCAAAAAGAAGUCAUAAGAUACAUUCUAGAAAACUCCAAGUAUUUAAAGAAGGCGGAAAUUUCGCUUAAUUCAUUUAGCAAUCUUGAAGAAGAGCAGAAGAAGAAGAUGAUCGAGGAGUUAGAAUCUAUGCCUAGGGUUUCAACAUCUCUUCUACGCGCUAGUCCAACGUUUUUGGAUACUCUACACACUGAAUGA